GCGGCGCGAAAGGCAGCGAGGAGGGUGGCUCCGAGCUCGGUGCUCACCGCGACUUCCCGUGCAGGGCCCGGCAGGACAAGGACCCGCGGCCUCGGCGGCGCUGGAGGAUGCGGCCGCGGCCCCGGGCAGCAGCAGCGGGAACCCCGGUGCCCUGCAGGUCAGCAGUUGAGUAGCUGGGGCCCUGGAGGGCUUGAAGCCUUCACAGUGAUGGCGGAGAAGCGGCCACUGGGGACCCUGGGGCCUGUGAUGUAUGGCAAGCUGCCCCGCCUAGAGGCAGACUCUGGGCCCGGGCACAGCCUGCCCCCCUCUGCUGGUAACCAGGACCCCUGCAGUUACAAAGGUGCCUACUUCUCCUGCCCCAUGGGGGGUCCUCCGAAGACAGGGUCUGAGCGGUUGGCAUCCUGGACCCCAUACCCACCCUUGUACCCCACCAGCAUGGCAGGACCCCCACUUCGGGCAGACAACCUUCUGACCAGCUGCCUGCUCUACCGCCCACCCACAGAAAGCUCCGAGAAAGUACAGGACUCUGGCCCAGUUGAGCUCCUACCCUUCGGUCCUCAGGCUCACUCCUACCCAGGCCCACCACUGGCGGCACCCAAACCUGUCUACCGCAACCCUCUGUGUUACGGGCUCUCAACCUGCCUGGGGGAAGGGGCAGCAAAGAGGCCCCUGGAUGUUGAUUGGACGCUGGUGACUGGAUCCCUGUUACCCCCCGCCGACCCAUCUUGUUCUCUGACCCCAGCUCCUGGCAAGGGCCAGUCCCUGGAUGGUACCUUCUUGCGUGGGGUGCCAGCUGGGACAUCUGGCAAAGACUCCUCGGUGAGCUUCUCCCCGUGCCAGGCAUUCUUGGAGAAGUAUCGGACCAUCCACAGCACAGGCUUCCUGGCCUCCAAGUAUGCAGGUCCUUACUCUGGGGACCCCAAGCAGGCGUUGUCCGAGGGACCCCCCAGUCCUUGGACGCAGCUGGCCCAACCUCUGGGACCAGCCUGCCAGGAUGCAGUGCCCACCCACCAUCCUCUGCCCCACGCCGCACAGGCCCUCCCUUGCCCUCCAGCCUGUCGCCACCCAGAGAAGCAGGGCAGCUAUGGCUCAAUGCUUCCACCACAGCCGCUGGGAGCCCACAAGGGGGCCGGGUACCCAGCUGGCGGGCUAAGCAGCCCCUACCUGAGGCAGCAGGCAGCCCAGGCACCCUGUGUGCCCCCAGGGGGGCUGGAUGCUUAUUCCUACCCCUCUGCCCCCCUCCCAGCACCCUCGCCAGGCCUCAAGCUGGAGCCACCUCUUGCCUCACGCUGCCCAGUGGACUUUGCCCCCCAGACGCUGGGCUUUCCUUACGCCCGGGAUGACCUCUCUCUCUAUGGAGCAUCCCCAGGGCUCGGAGGGACACCACCUUCCCAGAACAGUGUGCAGGCUGUGCCACAGCCCGGUGCCUUCCAGCGGGCAUGCCAGCCUCUGCCUGCCAGCCAGCCAUGCUUAGAGCCUGCAAGGCCUGCAGAGAAGCCAGUGCAGGAAGCUGAGGAGAAGAUGUGGCUGCCCAGCUGCAGGAGAGAGCAGCUCCAGCCCCACCUCGAUGAGCACCCUGGGGCACCCAUCAUCAUUGGAGAUAGUCCAGUUCCACGCACCCCACCGGCACUCCCGCCCUGUGCCCAGGAGCGCCAGUCUCUUCCGCAGAACGAGGGCACACUGCCACCCAGCUCCCCACCCAUGCCCAUUAUCGACAACGUCUUCAGCCUGGCCCCCUACCGUGACUACCUGGACGUGCAGGCACCUGAGGCCACAGCUGAGCCAGACCCGGCCCCAGCCCCCAGUGAGAGCCAUGACAAAGACUGCAGGGGAUCUCUGCCUGGCCGGGAAGCCCCCGCGAGUGUGCACGCCUCACUUAAGGAGGAGGUGGCACUGGACUUGAGUGUGAAGAAGACCACGGCAGAGGCCCCCCCUGCCAAGGUCCCUCAUCCCGCAGGGCAUGCCAAGCCCACCGCAGCUGUGGAUGUGCCAGGUGUGGGAAACACAGUCUCCGACAUGCCAGGUGUGGGGGACACAGUCUCAGAUCGGCAAGUCCUGAAAAAGGUAGUCACAGAGGCACCAGACCUGCCUGGGGUGCCAGUGACCACAGAGGCGACCCCAAGGACCAACUUCCACAGCUCUGUAGCCUUCAUGUUCCGAAAAUUCAAGAUCCUCCGGCCAGCACCCUUGCCUGCAACUGUGGUUCCAGCCGUGGUCCCAGCUGUGCCCACCUCAGCCCCUGCUCAGCCUGCACCCACCCCCACACCUGUGCCCGCUGGACUACAGAUUCUCACCCAGCCCUUGCCCGUGGCCUGCUUCAACCUGGCGCUGCCCAGCCCUCCAGCCGUAGCCAUGACCUCCCCUGCCUCGGCCCCUGCUCCGGCUCCAUCGCCUGCACCAGCUCCGGCUCCGGCUCCGGCUCCGGCUCCAGUUGUAGGCCCCGCUCCAGCGUCUACUCCCGCCACAGCAGACUCCCCAGAGCAACACUUUGCAGGACUGCAUGCCUCCCUGUGUGACGCCAUCUCAGGCUCAGUGGCCCACUCCCCGCCGGAAAAGCUGCGCGAGUGGCUUGAGACGUCUGGGCCUUGGGGCCGGGCGGCGUGGCAGGACUGCCAGGGUGUGCAGGGGCUGCUGAGCAAGCUGCUGUCCCAGCUGCAGAGCUUUGUGUGCACGCAGCAGUGCCCCUUCCCCCACGUGGUGCGGGCCGGGGCCAUCUUCGUGCCCAUCCACCUGGUGAAGGAGCGGCUCUUCCCGCGGCUGCCACCCGCUUCCGUGGACCACGUGCUGCAGGAGCAUCGCGUGGAGCUGCGGCCCACCACGCUGUCGGAGGAGCGGGCCCUGCGGGAGCGUGCCCUGCACGGCUGCACGUCGCGCAUGCUGAAGCUGCUGGCGCUGCGCCAGCUGCCCGACAUCUACCCUGACCUGCUGGGCCUUCAGUGGCGAGACUGUGUACGCCGCCAGCUGGGUGACUUUGACACUGAGGCUGGAUCUGUGCCCUCCUCAGAGCCCACCGUGGCCAGAGAGGAGCCAGAGAGCCUAGACCUGGCUUGGAAGUUGUCUGCCCCCAAAGCCAAAAAGCCGGGGAGGAAGCCACCAACCCCUGGCCUGGAGAAAGCAGAGGCAACUGCUGGAGGAGGGUCCCGAGGUGCCUCACCCACCCCUGCUGCUGGUGCCAGCUUGCCCGGCCCCACGAUGAGGGCGCGCUUCCGCAGCCUGCUCGAAUCCGCCUGGCUCAAUGGCCUGGCUCUGCCCACUUGGGGCCACAAGGCCUCAGGACCCGACCGGACCGCGCCCCGCCCGCAGCUAUUGGGGAGCCAGAGUCAUCAGCUGUAGCCUUGGUCGCCUCUGCUGUUUGGAGAUCUGGGGAUUGCUCUCUGUGCCCCGCUUCUGCCGGUCCAGCUGCUGAGGCCCAGGAGCGGACAUGGCCUUGGGGUUUCUCCAGCUCUUACCCUGCCCCCGCCCCCCACCCCAGGCUGGGCUGAGAGCCCCUGAACUUUUAACUUGAGGGCCUUUAUCAGAAAGGACUACUUCCUAUUUCUUCCUUAGAGAAAACGUGUGGGCUUUGGAGCCCGACAGACUUGGGCUUGAAUCCUGGCUCCUGUUCCUUGCUGUGUAAACGGGCAGGCCACUUCCUCUCUUGCGCCCUCAGUUCCCCGUUUGUAAAAUAGGACAACACAGCCUACCUCACAGGGUUGUUGUGGGGUGAUGCCUGACACACACCCAUCAUGGUUUGCUGUCUGCUUCCUGCCCAGGACAGGAGCCUAGAUCUCAGCCAGAGCCUGGAAUAGGAGGCUGAGGCCCACAGAACCUUCCUCUAGAAAGUCUUGAUGUGUCAUAGGACUUGGUCAUCUUAGAGUGGUAUGUUGUCCAGUGUAUAUGGCUCACACACUUUCUAGAGUCAUUUCCCAGGAAAGCCUAGGGCUACAUACAGCCCCAGCAUUUGGGGUUGGGCCCUAACCCCCGAGUCUGGAGCUCCUUGAGGGGAGCCUUCCCCUCCCAUCCCCUGCUACAGGGGGUGCAGGGAUACAGCCUGGGGCUGGCAUCCUUGUCCUGGGCCUGCUGCUUUCACCCCUGAGAGGCCCCGGCCUGUGCUGAAUUGACACCAGUGACUUCCCUGAGGUGCCGCCCCAACCUGGUGCAUUUUCCCAGGAAAGUUGUGUGUUUGCCGGAAGCCAAGCAGCUGCAGGGACUCAGGGACUAAAAAAGGGACAGGCUGAGUGACAGCUCAGUCCUGGGAGGUCUCCGAAGAUGUCGACUAAGGACCUUGGCCCUCCCCAAGCCAGGGCCGCAUCAGCCAGGCCUGCUGUGGGUUACCUUCUUGCAGAGUGCUGAACUGAGCCAGAAGCUGGCAAGCCAGGCCCUUGGCCUAGUUAAGGUCUGUAAUAAGGCUGUGGGCCCUGGAGGCAGGCCAUUAAACAUAAAAGCAUUUGGGUUGUGUUUGGA